AUGGGCGAAGAAAGGUUCGGAUUGAGGGCUAAAGAGUGGAAACAUGUUCCUUCUGAUUGCCUGAGGUUCCACAUACCCUUCAACAAACUUUGCCAAGAGUGCUUUCUUAUUAGCCAGCGUCUGAAACAGGAUGCCGAAGUUCGAAGGCAAGCUAACCAUUCCAAGUUCGAGACUUGGGAAAAAUUCAGGAAGGUUGCUGAUAUGUUGGCGGCAAUGCAUCAAGCCGCCAAGAGAAGACUCUUCGAGGAGUUUGCAGCGGGUUACGAUGCCGGGGCCGCAAAGUUUUCUAGGGACUUUAUAAUGGAAGUUGAAGGCCUUUAUGGCCAACGCAAACUUCCGGCUUGCGGAGCGGUAUGUUAA